GCAUACCAGAGAAAUCCAGGGACCUAACCCAGGAUGCUGAAUGUCUCCGGCCUCUUCAUUCUCCUCUGUGGGCUGCUUGCCUCAUCCUCUGCACAGGAGGUCCUGGCUGGAGUUUCUUCCCAGCUCCUUAAUGAUUUGACUCAAGGACUCCUCAGGGCAGACUUUCUUCCCAGCCUGCAGACAAUCGGCCUCCAGAAAUCAUUGAGUAGUGCCUUCGACGUUGUAUCAGGCCUCCUGGACAUCUUGGGGCCUCCUCUCACCAAUGAGAUCGACACUGUUAGGAUACAGGUGAAAAAUCCUCAACUCCUCCAAGUCUCCAUCGAGAGCACCCCUCAAAGAAAGGAGGCCAUUGUACGAGUACCAUUCAUAUCUGAGUUGAUCGUGCAGCUCCUGACCUUGAAGCCCUUCACAGCUAAUAUGCGGUCAGAUAUAAAAGUCCAGAUUCGUUUGGAGAAGAAUGUAGGUGGCAGAUAUGAACUUGCCUUUGGGAACUGCAGACUCUUGCCUGAGGCUAUCUGGAUCCAAACUGGAGCCCAACUCGCCCCAGCAGCAAAAUUUGUUGUGGCAAACAUAGAGAGAAACCUGAAAAACAUAGUAGCCCAUGAUCUGGGACAAAAGGUGUGUCCUGUGAUUAAUAAAUGGCUCUACAACCUGGAGCAGCAUGUGGUUAAAGAAUUGAUUAAUCUGGUCCUGCUGCAGGAAAAGUACCAAGUCACCAUCUAAAUGUCCCCAAAGUGAAGGAGCUAUGUGUGUACCAAUCCGAAUCAGCUUCUGCAUCCUAGUUUUCUCCCUGGAAUGUUCUCCACACUCCAGGACACCACCUGCGUAGAUCGUGUUGAUUAUUCAGCUGAUGCCUGGAACUGCAUGACCCACCCUGGACCCGAAGAUCCCCU